AUGUCUUCCAUCCAACUUUCUUUCUCUCUUCGCGUCUCCUCUGGCGUCAAGACCGUCCACCUUCUCGGCUCUUGGGACAACUACGUCGGCCAGCUCCCCCUUGCCAAGGACAAGUCCUCAAAGUCCGGCACAUGGAAGGGUACCUUCAAGUUCCAGAACUCCACUCUGGAGGCUGGCAAGCGAUACUGGUACUACUACAUCAUCGACGGCUACCACGUCGCUCACAACCCUUCCAUUGAGUCCACCACCGAGCCCACCACCGGCCGAGAGCUCAACAUCCUUGAUGUCUCCAAGGAUGGUUCCGCCAAGUCCUCACACAAGUCAAGCAGCAAGAGCUCUUCCAAGGACAAGGACAGCCGCUCUUCCCGCCACCGCUCUUCCCUGACUGUCGACAUCCCCAAGGGCCGACCUCUCUCCAUCUCUCAGAUCAAGGCCCCCAAGCCCAUGUCUCCUCACGCCACCAAGCACAUCCUCGAGUCCGACUACUACGACAACGAGGAGCUUGAGGAGCUCACUGCCCGCUUUGGCAGCGCCGGCCUCGAGGAUGUCCUCACCGACUUCAGCACCUCUCCCGUUUCAUCCAACGGCUCCAGCCUCUCAUACCGCUCCGACAGCUCCUCGCCCAGCUCCUCGCUCUCUGGCUACAGCACUCCCAACUCCGACUGCAGCUCGUGCACCUGCGAGCGCUAUGGAAUCACCCGAAAGGGCGAGCGUGUCAAGAUCGACUGUGGCGGUGCUCGAUGUGGCUAUGACGACAGCUCCUCCUGCGCCAGCGAUGCCAGCGAUGAUGAGUACGAGUACGAGGUCAACCCCGCUGAUGCCCGCCGCAACGGCAUCAUUGUUGGUUGA